AUGCUGCGUUGCUUAGUCCAACGAGCCAGCCAUCUCCCCAACUUGGAGAAGGGGGACAAACAAAGCGACCCGGUGGCCAGCCUGACUUUCCGAGGUGUGAAGAAGAGAACUAAAGUCAUCAAGAACAACGUGAACCCCGUAUGGAACGAGGGCUUCGAGUGGGACCUGAAGGGAGCUCCCCUGGACCCGGGUGCUGAGCUCACCGUCGUCGUGAAAGACCAUGAAACCGUGGGGAGAAACAGGUUUUUGGGAGAAGCCCGAGUGCCCCUGCGAGAUGUCCUGUCCUCCCCCAGCCUGGCGGCCUCCUACAACCUCCCCUUGCUGGACACCAAGAAGCAGAGCACCGGGGCUUUCCUCAUCCUGCAAGUGUCCUACAUCCCCCCACCGGGAGCUGCCCCCUUGUUUCCCCCUCCGGCCCCCCCUGAGCCAGCACCGGCUGCUGCUGAGCCUGACACGGUCACUGAGACGGCUGGAGAGGAGGAGACGGAGGAUCAGGCGGCAACGGGGGAUGAGACGGAGCCCUCCUCCUCCUCGGGGCCACCGGGAUCCGAGCCCCCCUCGCUGCCCCACAAGCCCCCCAUGCACCACGUCCAGGGGUUGAAGAGGAGGAGGAGCUCUCCCAAAAAGCCUCUCUCCAACAAGCCGCAGGACUUCCAGAUCAGGGUGAGGGUCAUCGAGGGCCGGCAGCUCCCUGGGGUCAACAUCAGACCCGUGGUGAAGGUGACGGCCGCCGGGCAGACCAAGAGGACGAGGAUACGCAAAGGCAACAGCCCCUUCUUUGAUGAGACCUUCUUCUUCAACAUCUUCGAGUCACCGGCCGAGCUGUUCGACGCACCCAUCUUUAUCACGGUUGUGGACUCUCGGUCUUUCCGGACAGACUCUGUGAUCGGGGAGUUUCGAAUGGACGUCGAGACCAUUUACUCCGAGCCAAAACACGCGUUCCUCAGAAAAUGGCUGUUGCUCUCUGACCCAGAGGACUUCUCCGCGGGGGCCAAGGGCUAUCUGAAAGUCAGCCUGUUCGUGCUGGGGCCUGGAGAUGAAGCUCCUCUGGAGAAGAAGGAGGUCUCGGAAGACAAGGAAGACAUCGAGGGCAACCUCCUGCGCCCCACUGGGGUCACCUUGAGAGGGGCUCACUUCUGCCUGAAAAUCUUCAAAGCCGAAGACUUGCCCCAGAUGGAUGAUGCCGUCAUGGACAACGUCAGGCAGAUUUUUGGCUUCGAGAGCAACAAGAAGAACCUUGUUGAUCCCUUCGUGGAAGUCAGCUUUGCGGGCAAGACGCUCUACUCGAGGAUCCUGGAGAAGAACGCCAACCCGCAGUGGAACCAGCGCCUGACGCUGCCGGUGAUGUUCCCUUCCAUGUGUGAGAAGAUGAGGAUCCGGGUGACUGACUGGGACCGUCUGACGCACAAUGAUAUUGUCGGCACCACCUACCUCUGCAUGUCGAAGAUCUCGGCCCCCGGCGGGGAGCUGGAGGGGAAGAGCCCCGCGGGACGUGUCCCCGAGGUGCCUUCGGGACUCUCUAACGGCUCUUUUCCCCUGCGGUCCCCAGUGGACGAUGGGCUCGGGUUCCUGCCGACCUUCGGUCCCUGCUAUAUCAACCUCUACGGCAGCCCCCGGGAGUUCACCGGCUUCCCCGACCCUUACGAGGCGCUCAAUUUAGGAAAGGGCGAGGGAGUCGCGUAUCGCGGCAGGAUACUGGUGGAGCUGGAGACCAAACUGGUGGAGCACGUGGAACAGAAGGUGGAGGACAUUUCCGCGGAUGACAUCCUGCGGGUGGAGAAGUACCUGCGCCGUCGCAAGUACUCCCUCUUCGCUGCCUUCUACUCGGCCACCAUGCUCCAAGACGUGGACGAUGCCAUCCAGUUUGAGGUCAGCAUUGGCAACUACGGCAACAAAUUCGACAACACCUGCCUGCCCUUGGCCUCCACCACGCAGUACAGCCGCGCCGUGUUUGAUGGCUGUCAGUAUUACUACCUGCCCUGGGGCAACGUGAAACCCGUGGUGGUGUUGUCAUCCUACUGGGAAGAUAUCAGCUAUCGGACUGAUGCCCAAAACCUCCUCCACCACGCAGCAGACAGGCUGGAAGCAAACCUGGAGAAGGUCCACCUUGCUCUCAAGGCCAACCGGUCACCGAGUGAGCUGGACGCCCUGGGUGCCCAGCUGAUGGAUGACAUCAUCGCCGACUGCAGCCUGACCCUGCCCGAUGUCUUGGGGAAGCCGGCCAGCACCCACCUGGACCAGAACAUGUACCGGUUUCGCAGCACCAACCUGGAGCAGAUAGUGAAGGCAGCCCUGAAGCUCAAGCACGAGGAUUCGAGCCUGUCGGCAGCCCUGGAGCAGGCAGAGGACUGGCUCUCCAGGCUGAAGGCCAUGGCAGAGGAGCCCCAAAACAGCCUGCCCGAUAUAGUGAUCUGGAUGCUGCAGGGAGACAAACGCGUUGCGUAUGCCCGCGUGCCAGCCCACGAGGUCCUCUUCUCCAGGAGCAUCUCCAGCUGCUGCGGCAAGAACUGCGGGAAGCUGCAGACCAUCUUCCUGAAGUACCCCCAGGAGGAGGCGAUGGGUCCCAGGAUCCCAGCCCAGAUCCGGGUCCAGCUCUGGUUCGGGCUGUCGGUGGAUGAGAAGGAGUUCAACCAGUACGCCGAGGGGAAGCUCUCUGUCUUUGCUGAAACCUAUGAGAACCAGACGAAGCUGGCGCUGGUGGGGAACUGGGGCACAACUGGCCUGACCUACCCCAAAUACUCAGAUGUCACUGGCAAGAUCAAGCUGCCCAAGGACAGCUUCCGCCCCUCCACGGGCUGGACCUGGGCUGGGGACUGGUUCAUCUGCCCGGAGAAGACGUUGCUGCACGAUGUGGACGCCGGGCAUUUGAGCUUCGUGGAAGAGGUGUUCGAGAACCAGGUCCGGCUGCCGGGAGGCCAGUGGAUCCACAUGACCGAUGCCUACACUGACGUGAACGGGGAGAAGGUCCUGCAUAAGGAUGAGAUUGAGUGUCCUCCGGGCUGGAAAUGGGAAGACGUGGAGUGGGACACGGACCUCAACAGAGCUGUGGAUGAGAAAGGCUGGGAGUAUGGCAUCACCAUCCCGCCGGACCGCAAGCCUAAGGCCUGGGUGCCGGCCGAGAAGAUGUAUCACACCAACCGGCGACGGCGCUGGGUACGGCUUCGCCGGAGGGACCUCGCGCAGAUGGAAGCCGUGAGAAAGCACAAGCAGGAGGAGCUGGACGGGGAGGGUUGGGAGUACGCCUCGCUUUUCGGCUGGCGCUUCCACCUGAAGUAUCGCCGGACCGACACCUUCCGCCGCCGCCGCUGGAGGCGCAGGAUGGAGCCCCUGGAGCGCACCGGGGCCGCCGCCGUCUUCGCCUUGGAGGGGGCCCUGGGGGGAGUGACAGACGACAAGAGCGAUGAUGGCAAAUCCAUCUCCACCCUCAGUUUUGGCGUCAACAGACCCACCAUUUCGUGCAUAUUUGACUAUGGGAACAGAUACCACCUCCGCUGCUACAUGUACCAAGCACGGGAUCUGAUUGCAAUGGACAAGGACAGCUUUUCAGAUCCUUAUGCCAUUGUCUCCUUCCUCCAUCAAAGUCAGAAGACGGUGGUGAUCAAGAACACCUUGAACCCCACCUGGGACCAGACACUCAUCUUCUACGAGAUAGAGAUCUUUGGGGAUCCCCAGAACGUAUCUGACUCCCCUCCCAACAUCGUGGUGGAAAUAUAUGACCACGACACCUACGGUGCAGAUGAGUUCAUGGGGCGCUGCAUUUGCAAGCCCAGCCUGGUGCACUCGCCGCGGCUCUCCUGGCACCCGGUCAUCAAGGCGAACAGAAAUGUCGGGGAGCUGCUGGCUGCCUUCGAGCUGAUUCAGAGGGAGAAGCCGGCUGUCCAUCACAUCCCUGGCUUCGAGGUAAUUGAGCUGUCCUCCAGCCUGGAUGAGUCCGCGGACGCUGACCUGCCGUACCCCCCGCCCCAGCGGGAGCCCAACAUUUACAUGGUCCCUCAAGGAAUCAAACCGGUCCUGCAGCGCACGGCCAUCGAGAUCCUGGCCUGGGGGCUGAGGAACCUCAAGAGCUACCAACUGGCCAGUGUCACCUCGCCCAGCCUGCUGGUGGAGUGCGGAGGCCAGCUCGUGCAGUCCUGCGUCAUCAAGAAUGUGAAGAAGAACCCCAACUUUGACGUCUGUGUGCUCUUCAUGGAAGUGCGUUUACCCAAGGAGAGCCUGUACAGCCCCCCCAUCAUCGUCAAAAUCAUUGACAACAGGCCGUUUGGCCGAAGGCCCGUGGUGGGCCAGUGCACCAUCCGCUCACUGGAGGACUUCUACUGUGACCCCUACCGAGAGGAGAUGGAUGGUCCCCAGGAGCACUCGGAUGAUGUGAGCCUCACACCCAGGGAUGAUGUCCUAAUUGACAUCGAUGACAAAGAGCCUCUUAUUCCUGUCCAGCUUGCAGAGGGUCUGACCAGCUCAGCAUUAAUUAACAUACCAGCUUCUUGGGUCCAGCCUCAUGAGGAAGAAUUCAUUGACUGGUGGAGCAAAUUCUAUGCUUCCACAGGAGAGAGGGAAAAAUGUGGCUGCUAUUUAGAGAAGGGCUUUGACACCCUGAAGGUCUACGAGACGGAGCUGGAGAAUGUGGAGGACUUUGAGCAUCUCUCUGACUUCUGCCACACCUUCAAGCUGUAUCGUGGCCGGUCACAGGACUCGAAUGAUGACCCCUCGGUUGUGGGGGAGUUCAAGGGUUCGUUCAAAAUUUACCCUCUCCCCGAUGACCCGCGAGUCCCAGUGCCACCUCGGCAGUUCCACCAGCUGCCGGCCAGAGGACCCCAGGAGUGUCUUGUCAGGGUCUAUGUCAUCCGAGCCUUCGACCUCCAGCCCAAGGACACCAAUGGAAAGUGUGAUCCCUAUGUGAAGAUUUCCGUGGGAAAGAAAUCCAUUAAUGACCAAGAAAAUUACCUUCCCUGUACUCUGGAGCCUGUCUUUGGAAAGAUGUUCGAGCUGAGCUGCACGCUGCCCCUGGAGAAGGACUUGAAGAUCACGCUCUACGACUACGACCUCCUGUCGAAGGAUGAGAAGAUUGGGGAGACCGUCAUAGACCUGGAGAACCGGUUCCUGUCAAAAUACGGGGCGCGCUGUGGCCUCCCCCAAACCUACUGCAUCUCUGGACCCAACCAGUGGCGAGACCAACUCCGUCCUUCCCAGCUGCUUCACCUCUUCUCCCUGCAGCACAACUACAAGGCUCCCACCUACAAGUCCGACAGGGUCAUCUUCAGGGAGCAAGAGUACAUCCUCUCUGAACUGGAGGACGGCAAACCCCUCAACCCCCACCUGGGUCCAGCGGAGGAGCGUCUUGCCCUGUACGCCCUGAGGAAGCAAGGGCUGGUGCCGGAGCACGUGGAGACCAGACGUCUGUACAGCCCUCUCCAGCCAGAAAUCGAGCAGGGAAAGCUGCAGAUGUGGGUGGACCUGUUUCCAAAAUCUCUGGGUCAGCCUGGCCCCCCUUUCAACAUCACGCCACGCAAAGCCAAGAGGUUCUUCUUGCGCUGCAUCAUCUGGAACACCAAGGACGUCAUCCUCGAUGACCUCAGCAUCACAGGGGAGAAGAUGAGUGACAUCUACGUCAAAGGCUGGCUGGUUGGCCACGAGGAGAACAAGCAGAAGACAGAUGUGCACUACAGGUCUAUGGGAGGAGAGGGCAACUUCAACUGGAGAUUCGUCUUCCCCUUUGACUAUCUCCCUGCUGAGCAAAUGUGUUACAUCGCAAAAAAGGAGCACUUCUGGAGCUUGGACAAGACAGAAAACAAGAUUCCACCACAGCUUAUCUUCCAGAUCUGGGACAAUGACAAGUUCUCUUUUGAUGACUACCUGGGCUCCAUUCAGAUGGAUCUCAACAGGAUGCCCAAACCUGCCAAGACUGCUGAGAAGUGCUCCUUAGAGCUAGUAGAUGAGACCUUGUCUUCAGGUCGCUUUGUGUCACUCUUUGAGCAGAAAACUGUCAAGGGAUGGUGGCCCUGUGUCGCUGAGCAGGAUCAAAAGAAGAUCUUGGCGGGCAAAUUGGAAAUGACCUUGGAAAUUGUGGCAGAACAAGAGCAUGAAGAGCGGCCAGCUGGCGUGGGUCGGGAUGAGCCAAAUAUGAACCCCAAGCUGGAGGACCCCAAGCGCCCGGAGACCUCCUUCCUAUGGUUCACCUCCCCAUACAAGACCCUGAAGUACAUCCUGUGGCGGCGGUACAAGUGGGUGGUUAUCCUGGCCAUCGUGCUCUUCGUUUUGCUGCUCUUCCUGGGAAUCUUCAUCUACGCCUUCCCGAACUAUGCUGCUAUGAAACUGGUGAAACCUUUCAACUGA